UUGCCACGAAUGACAAAUGCAAAGCGAUUGUGCUAAAGACAACCAUUAGCGGCCAAGCUGUAGGAAAUAUUGUGUAAAUUAGUUUAUUCUUGACUAUUGGUGUGAAAACAAUUCCAAUGUUCAAAAAUCAUUUUUCUCUAUAUUUCCAUUUUCAAGGAAAUGACUUUAAAAAUCGAAUAUUUGCCCAAAACCUGCUUUUUUACUGUAGAAGGUUUGAUUUUGAUUUCUUUAUCAAAAUGUUAUUGUAGAAAGUCACUUGUUUUUGUAUUAUUAGAUAUUGUUAUUGGAAUUAAAAAUAUCUUCCGCACAUCUUAGGUUUAAACCAAAUUUAUUGCCCGUUAAAGUUAUAUGAGGGGCUUAUCGGACGUUGAACGACGUAUACGUCGUUUGUGAUUCAAAGAAACUCAUUGGAAGCCGGAAUUUAGAGAUCGAGAUUGGUUGAUACGCACUGUUAUUCUUGAAGUUAUACGCUUUACGACUACUGAAUUAAAAAUAUAUGAAAUAAUAUUGUAUUGCUAUUAGGAACAGUAAUCCCGGUUGUUUUAAUAACAAAACAUCAAGAAUAAACAACCUCAAUGGACUCGAGUAGAUCUCUAUCCGACGCAUCCGGUGGAAACGAGUAUUUGUGUUGUUUGUAAGACAGCGGAUGGAACGAAUGAUGUUGCAUGCGACAAAUGUGAUCGAUGGUGGUGUUUCCGAUGUGCUAGAGUCGAUGCAACUGUAGCGAAGCAAGAUUGGAUUUGUCCGCGUUGUUCACCACCGCCUAUGCCAGUUUCGAUGCGAACGACUACGUCAAGUCGGAAGGCAGAUUUGCAAGAGGUCAAGAGCACUUUGGUUAGCAGGAGGUUUAGGUACACGUGUAGUAAAAGCUACUCAUAGCCUAGCCGAACAGCAGGAAUUGGAGCAGAAGCAGUUGGAGUUGGAACCGAGACAAUUAGCGCUGCAGAAAAAGCAUACCCAGGAGAAAAACGAGUUGGAGCAGUCGCUUGCUGAUGAAGCUACUAGCCACAGUACGAAGAGAAGUAUCGUCGAGAUUGAAUCUCGAGAUCGCAUAAGGCAGUUCCAAGACUGGGUUGACAAGCACACCAACGCGAAGCAGAAAUCCACCAAGCAACCUUCGUGUGCUUCGAUGUUUCAUCCAAUCCCGCAUAACGGCAUAGGAAUAACGAAAAAUAAAACCGAUGCUGACGAUACACGGUUAUUCGAUGAAAAUGUGAACGUAAAUCCAGCCAUAGGUGACGCAGUCAUCUUGUUGGAAGAUGAAUUGCGAGAAUGUCGGUUACAGAUGCAACGAACGAUUGAUUCGUUUCGUGCAAGAAAAGAGCCAGUGCAUGUUGAUUAUUGCGUACCACAUGCGCUACCUCCACGCCAGCCAGAGUCCCGCCCGAUUUUUGAGCAGACGCAUAAUCCAUUCGCGCGCUCGAACUACGGCGGAGUUGCAGGAAUAUCGCCUAUCUCACCAACGUAUCCUGAAGAGUAUAAUUUCAGAAGACCUUCAGCAGAGCAGCUGGCUGCUAGGCAUGUAAUGCCCCGAGAUUUACCAGACUUUUCAGGUGAUCCUGAGGAGUGGGCAUUUUUUUACAGUAGCUUCUGUCAUACUUCGGUUGCUUGCGGAUUCAGCAACGCGGAGAAUCUCGCACGUUUGCAACGUUGCUUGAAGGGAAAUGCUCUCAAAUCUGUGCGAUACUAUUUGCUCUCACCUGAAUCUGCGCCGGAAGUAAUCGAGACGCUUAGAACCUUGUUUGGUCGCCCGGAAGUUAUAAUAAACAAUUUGAUCCAAAAUGUCCACGAAACUCCAGCUCCAAAACCAGAAAAGCUGGAAAUACUGAUCGACUUAGGAAUGUCUGUACGGAAUUUAACACAACAUCUUGUCGCAUCAGGGCAGCAAGCACAUCUUUCGAACCCGGUGUUGCUUCAAGAGCUUGUUGGAAAGUUGCCCGCCAACAUAAAACUUCAGUGGGCGCAACAUAUUAUGUUCCAGCAAGAAGCGAAUUUGCAAAUGUUCAGCAAUUUUAUGACAACGGUGGUCGAAUCCGUGAGCAAGGUGGUCACCUAUACAUGUGCCCAACAUUCGAUGUGGCAUCAAUGGAUGCCAAUAUUUCCACCACCAGCUGUGCCACUUGCGGAGAGCAACAUGAGGGGAAAUCCUACAGUGCGACUAAGCAUAAAUGUCCAUAUUGCGAGGGAUUCCCACACGAGCUCUCAGCUUGUGAAACUUACAAGAGUCGCUGAGAUAAACAGAAGCGCUCUUUGAAGGAACGCUCGAAGCGCACUUUUGCGGAAAUUUUGAAGGGCGCUCCUCCACUGGCUCAAGAACAACAACCAAUCAACACACAUAAUGUUUUCGCUACGUUGCCAGUUGACGAAAUAGAAGCGGACACAGCUAGCGGGGGCACAACGGUUAUUUUCCAAGGGAAUCCCCGGCGCAAAAAUGUGACCACUCUCAAAGUUCAAGGACAAGUCCCUCCGGUGUUAGCUUGCCUAAAAAAUCGAGUGCAGCGGACAAGCAAAAUCAGGUUCCUCCUGGUUUCCGUGGAAAUAGUUCACCUUCGAACGACCCUGCACUCGAGGGGACAUCAAAAACCCCAACUGUCCCUAUUUUUCCGUCCAGCUCAACUUUCCAAUCGGGAUUUAUAAAGUUGUCUGACCUUUUGGAUCAAAUCUUCAAGUGUUUGAAUAUUUCCGAGUCCAUCAGAACAAUUGUCAUCUCAAUGCUUCCAGUAUAAAAGACAAUUUUGCAACAAUUGAUGCAAACAUGGCCCCUCCUAGCAAUGAUUAUCUCUCUUGAUGUCUAAAACAAAUAGAGAGGUCGGAGAUAUCACCGUUUUACAGUGGAAUUGUCGUAGUCUUAUCCCUAAAUUGGAUAAAUUCAAAUUUUUAAUUCAUAAGUUCAAUUGUGAUGUUUUUACUCUGUCCGAAACUUGGCUUUCUUCGCGAGAUGAUCUAUCUUUCCACGAUUUUGAUAUUAUACGCUUGGGGUGCUAUUGGGGAUCAAUAAGUGCCACUCAUUUUUUUCAAAUUAACCUUCAACCUAUUGGAGGGAUCGAAGCUGUUGCUUGUCAUGCAAACAUCAGAGGCAAAGACCUCUGUAUUGGCCUCCGAAAGCUGCGGUUAGCCGCAAGCAACUUGUUGACAUGUGCUCACUCCUUCCUGAGCCACGAUUGAUCUUGGGAGACUUCAACUAUCACGGAACUGCCUGGGGGGAACAGUACGACGACAAUCGUUCACUGUUGAUAUAUGACCUUUGUAACAGCUUCAAUAUGACCGUUUUGAAUACUGGGGAAACAACACGUGUACCUAAACCUCCUGCUAACCCAAGUGCUCUUGACCUCUUGCUUUGCUCGAAUUCACUAUCGUUAGAUUGCAAGUGGAAUGUAAUCCAGAACCCCAACGGAUCACUUACCAAUCAAAAUUUCCAUCACCAUUGGUUACAAUUCUUCUGAAUCUAUAAACAUGGCAUAUGACCUCACAAGACACAUUGACUGGAAAAAAUAUGCGGACGCGAUUACUCUAGCCAUUAAUUCCAGAGAUGGUUUGCCUCCAUUGGAAGAGUAUAACUUCCUUAAUUAAUUUUUCCCCUUUU